UUGUUGGCUUGGUUGAUUUCGGGGUUGUACAUGUAUUUAGUUACGAGAAAUACAUUGUGUGACAUAACGACAUAUUUUGUGAGUAUGUGGAAUUUUAAAAUCACAAGUUUUACAUUUUAAGCCGCGGUAUAGAAUGAAACGAAGAAAAAGAAAGGGUCAAACCAAACUAUUUAAAACUGAAGUUAACAUUGAUUUUGAGAGAAUAAUGCACUAUAUUAGUUGAGAGAAUAAUUCUAAUGCACUAUACUUGUUGAGAGAAUAAUGCACUAUACUUGUUGAGAGAAUAAUUAAUGUGCAUUUGAAAAACGCCAACAAAAUGCCACGUGUAAUUGGAAAACUUCCUGAUGACCAAUAUGACAGGAUAGUGGCUAAUUCUACUGAUCUUAUAGACGACAUUAAACAUGACCCUGUUGGUCUUGCUCGUUCAUUGUUUCAAAAACGUGUCUUCGAUGAAGAUGAUCUAAAAAUAAUAAAGAAAGAAGGUAGUAAAACCGAUGCUGCUGAUGAAUUGUUACAUAUUGUUCUAAACUCUGGUGACUCAGCUUAUGGACAAUUUAUUGAGGCACUGAAAGAAAAUGGCUAUUCAAAAACUGCUAGACGAUUAAUAUUAGACAAAGAAUUAAAAGAAGUCCAUGAACCAAAGGGUGGGAAUCCCGAGGACAGAUCCCGGGAGAGAGUGGUGGUUACAGAAAAGCUGCAUAUCAAAGUGGAAAAAGGGAGACCACCCGAUGACAUGUACAGCAAGAUACGAGGCAAUUAUGAUUUCCUCGCGGACGAAAUUAAAAACGAUUAUAGGGAUGUAAUGUGUAGUUUGUUUAAUUAUAAAGCCAUCAGUGAGGAUGAUGUGGAACAAAUAAAGAGAGAAGAGAUGAGUCAGGGUAGUAAAAUAGCAGCCACCAGGGAAAUGUUAGAUAUUCUUUUAAACCGCGGUGAAACGGGGUAUAAGAAAUUCCUUGAAGCACUUUAUACAAAUAAAUGUUUUAAUGCUGUAUUCAGAUUGGAACCAGGUUUUGGCAGAGAUGGAUCAGCCGAACCAGGUAUGGCUACAGAUAAAUUAUUGACAUGGUUGCAGGGCAGCUUUCAUAGAUCAGCCGAACCAGGUAUGGCUACAGAUGAAUUAUUGACAGGGUCGCUGGACUUUGAUAGAUCAACCCCGCCUUGGUUUAACGAGUUUUUGAAAGAGCAUAAAGAUUUAUUUGGUAAAAAGAGCGUGGAUAGUUCACGAUUGAGGACAAUGAAAGACAAAGCACUCACCACCCUUGAAGAUGUUAAUGAAAAAGAAUAUGUAAAGACUCGUGCUCUUGGUGAAGGUUUGAAGAUACUCAGGAGUCAUCACAUCCUAGGAAUAAUAGGAGCUGCUGGAGAUGGUAAAACGACGCUAUCAAUGAUGAUAGCAAAUCAAUUCAUUGAAGAACAUCCAGAAUAUAAACCAUUGUUGAUUAAUGACCUUGAUGAUUUAAAGGAAGUGAACUUUGAAGAUGAUAAGUAUCUUUAUAUCAUCGAUGACAUGUAUGGUAGAUUUAAUAAAUUACAGGCACGUAUUGAUAAAUGGCCCACUCAUUUAGGUAAUCUUCGAAUUAAUAAAGAAAGAGGCAAUUUAGUUAUCAUUUAUAUAAUGAGAGAUUAUAUUUACCGUUCUUCUAAAUAUCAGUUAGACAAAUAUGAUUUAUUUGUGGAUGAUAUUGCAAAGACAACUCAAAUAUUUCUUCAUAAAAGCAAAUUAUCAUUAAGCGAUGAAGAAAAGGGCCGUAUUUUAGAUUUUUAUGGAGUUACUUCUUAUAAGAUAAUUUCCAAAAUUAUUGACUGCUUCGGUUUUCCAUCAAUUGUUAGUUUAUGUGGCAAGUUAAUGAAUGAUAAAUUACCGGAGGGUUUAAUAAGUUCGCAUGAUUUUCUUCUUUUGGAAUUAGAAACGUUUUGGGAGGAAAAUGAAUAUAUAUAUGCUACAUUACUGCUAGUAUUUUGUUUGCAUACUGUUUCAGAAAAAGACCUUAAACAAAGAUCUUCCGAGAGAGUUGAGUCAGUAAUUUCGACAGUUUGUAAAGUAGUAUGCAAAGAAUUUGAACUGAAAGUUGCUAAGCGUAAACUCAAUGAACUUUCAGAUACAUUCAUCAAAUACAUUGAAGAAAAUUAUAUGAAAAUAUUUUCAUUGCGAGACUUUGUUGAGGCUCCAUUUUUACACCAUCUUUCUGAUAAAUGUAUGGAAAUGGCUUUACAAUACUGUUCUUUUGAACUAUUGAUGGCAUUGGUUAGAACAAACCACCAAGAAGAGCGAUGCAUUUUAAUCCGUGACAUUCAUUACGAUGACCUUUUAAUGCGAUGUAUUAAAGAAUUACAUGAUCAGAAUGCUGAUAUCGUCAGCCAUCCUGCUUUCAUUGACUAUAAAUUUUUAUCACGUUUUCUUGGUAUGGAUGGUAUAGCCAAUUUAUUGCACGACACACAAUGUAUAAAUUUGGGAGAUAUUCGUGAUAUACAAGAAAGUGGCAAUUUUCUUCAUUACAUCACACUUCAUGGAGACAUGAGAUGUCUCGAAGCAGCACUCUCUUAUUUUCAUAAUCAGCUUCCCGAAUUAGUUGAGGAAAAAACAGAUAUGGGAUGGGAUAUCAUCGGUCUCGCUGCUGUUUCGAUGCAUGACCCAAUCGAAAAAAUUAAUCUUUUAAAAGAAAAGAAAAUCGGAGAUUGUUUGGCCUUACCACAUUUAGCGGUUUACUCAGAUAAAUUCGACAUUGUCGAAUAUAUCAGUAAUUUUAAAAACUUCGACAAAAGCAAGCGGGAUACUAAGUCAAGAACAAUUCUUCACAAUGCUUGUAAUUCAAAUCAUGACAAUCGUCAAAUAAUUAACUUUUUGAUAGGCAAAGCAUUUGAUGUAAAUGCUAGAGAUGAAAGUGGCAGUACGCCACUUCACCUGGCUGUUGCGAGAGGCAAACCACAGACUGUAUCAAUUUUAAUUAGCAAAGGCGCGGAAGUUAAUGUGAAGGAUAAUAUAGGCAGAUUACCAAUUCAUAAUAUUAGCAGCUUAUUUGGUGGUAGAACCGAUGUUCUAAAUCAGUUAAUCCAAGCGGGGUCACUAUUACACGAGGCUGAUAACCUCGGCCGAAUCCCAUUACUAGAAGUAAUAGCUAAUGUUGACAGAAAGUGUUUCGAAUUACUAAUUAACAGGCUGCCAUCUCUUGAUACCCUGAACAAGCAUAUCCAUAGCAUACUUCUUGAAUCAACACAGUUAAUGAAUGACUCCAUGUUUAGAUCUAUUUUAAAUACUAUAAAUGAAAUACAUAUUAAUAAUUUGGUUGGGAAUAUUUUAUUCAAUUGCUGUUCUUCUGUUGAUAAGAUGAGAAUUUUACACAAUAAAGGCGUGGAUUUUAAUGUAGUAGAUGACAAUAGUCUUAGUGUUCUCCACCUCAGUUGUAGAUUAGGUUCCAUUGACACAGUCCGUUAUUUGGUGAAUGAAAUAGGAUUAAACAUAACUCAAAAAGACGAUGAUGGCCGCACUCCUGUAUUUUAUUCUGUGGUGUCGGAUAUCGAUCCUGUCAAAAAACUCAAGUUCUUUUUGUCAGAAGGGUGUAGCUUGCAUGUUGUUGAUGAUGAAAACCGUGGUUUACUUCACUUUAGUUGUAAUUUAGGUACACCUCAGACUGUGGAAUAUCUUAUAAAUGAAGUCGGGCUGGGUGUCAACCAUAAAGACAAUAAUGGUCGGACACCAGCUACGUACUGUUCUAUGUCUAACAGAAAUUCUAUCAGUAAACUCAAAUUCUUGUCUUCAAAAGGGGCAAGUUUACACACUGUAGAUAACAAUAAUAAUAGUUUACUGCAUGUUAGUUGUCACUGGGGUACUGUUGAAACUGUUGAAUACCUGGUGAAUGAAAUAGGGCUGGAUGUCAACCAUAAAGACAUUAAUGGUUUGACACCAGCAAUGGAAUGUUCUAUUUCUAACAUAAAUCCUAUCAGUAAACUCAAAUUCUUGUCUUCAAAAGGGGCAAGUUUACUCACUGUAAAUAACAAUAAUAUGGGUUUACUGCAGGUUAGUUGUCAAGGGGGUACCAUUGGAACUGUUAAAUAUCUGGUGAAUGAAAUAGGGCUGGAUGUCAACUAUAAAGACAAUAGUGGUUGGACAACAGCUAUGGACUGUUCUAUUUCUGACAUAAAUCCUAUCAGUAAACUCAAAUUCUUGUCUUUAAAAGGGGCAAGUUUACACGCUGUAGAUAACAAUAAUAAGAGUUUACUGCAUGUUAGUUGUCUAGACGGUACUGUUGAAACUGUUGAAUACCUGGUGAAUGAAAUCGGACUGGAUGUCAACCACGAAAACAAUAAAGGUAAAACACCGGCUAUGUUCUGUUCUAUGUCUAACAUAAAUUCUAUCAAGAAACUCAAAAUCCUGUCUGCAAAGGGGGUAAGUUUUCGUGUAGUAGACAACAAUAACAACAGUUUACUGCAUUUUAGUUCUGCUUGUGGUACUACUGAAACUAUUGAAUACCUGGUGAAUGAAAUCGGGCUUGGUGUCAACCAUAAAAGCAGUAGAGGCUGGACACCGGCUAUGGAAUGUUCUAUUUCUAAAGUAAACCCUAUCAGUAAACUCAAAUUCUUGUCUUCAAAAGGGGCAAGUUUACACACUGUAGAUAACAAUAAUAAUAGUUUACUGCAUGUUAGUUGUCACUGGGGUACUGUUGAAACUGUUGAAUAUCUAGUGAAUGAAAUAGGGCUGGAUGUCAACCAUAAAGACAUUAAUGGUUUGACACCAGCAAUGGAAUGUUCUAUUUCUAAUAUAAAUCCUAUCAGUAAACUCAAAUUCUUGUCUUCAAAAGGGGCAAGUUUACACACUGUAAAUAACAAUAAUAUGAGUUUACUACAGGUUAGUUGUCAACGGGGUACCAUUGGAACUGUUGAAUAUCUGGUGAAUGAAAUAGGGCUGGAUGUCAACCAUAAAGACAAUAAUGGUUUGACACCAGUAAUGGGAUGUUCUAUUUCUAAAAUAAAUCCUAUUAGUAAACUCAAACUCUUGUCUUCAAAAGGGGCAAGUUUACACACUGUAAAUAACAUUAAUAUGAGUUUACUGCAGGUUAGUUGUCAAGGGGGUACCAUUGGAACUGUUGAAUAUCUAGUGAAUGAAAUAGGGCUGGAUGUCAACCAUGAAGACAUUAAUGGUUGGACACCGGCCAUGGACUGUUCUAUUUCUAACAUAAAUUCUAUCAUGAAACUCAAAUUCUUGUCUUCAAAGGGUGUAAGUUUACAUGCUGUGGAAAGCAAUAAUAUGAGUUUACUGCAUGUUAGUUGUCUAGGCGGUACUGUUGAAACUGUUGAAUAUCUGGUGAAUGACAUCAGACUGGAUGUAAACCAUAAAGACAAUAAUGGUUUGACACCAGCUAUCAACUGUUCUAUGUCUAAGAUAAAUUCUAUCAUGAAACUCAAAUUCUUGUCUUCAAAAGGGGCAAGUUUACACGCUGUGGAAAGCAAUAAUAGUAGUUUACUGCAUGUUAGUUGUCUAGGCGGUACUGUUGAAACUGUUGAAUAUCUGGUGAAUGAAAUCGGGCUGGAUAUCAACCAUAAAAACAAUAAUGGUUGGACACCAGCUAUGUACUGUUCUGUUUCUAACAUCAAUCCUAUCAUGAAACUCAAAUUCUUGUCUUCAAAAGGGGUAAGUUUACAUGCCGUAGAUAACGAUAAUAUGAGUUUACUGAAUGCUAGUUGUCUAGAGGGUAAUACUGAAACUGUUGAAUAUCUGGUGAAUGAAAUAGGGCUGGAUAUCAACCAUAAAAACAAUAAUGGUUGGACACCAGCUAUGUACUGUUCUGUUUCUAACAUCAAUCCUAUCAUGAAACUCAAAUUCUUGUCUUCAAAAGGGGUAAGUUUACAUGCCGUAGAUAACGAUAAUAUGAGUUUACUGAAUGCUAGUUGUCUAGAGGGUAAUACUGAAACUGUUGAAUAUCUGGUGAAUGAAAUAGGGCUGGAUAUCAACCAUAAAAACAAUAAUGGUUGGACACCAGCUAUCUGCUGUUCUAUCUCUACGAUAAAUUCUAUCAUGAAACUCAAAUUCUUGUCUUCAAAAGGGGUAAGUUUACAUGCCGUAGAUAACAAUAAUACGAGUUUACUGCAUGUUAGUUGUAAAGAGGGUACUAUUGAAACUGUGGAAUAUCUAGUGAAUGAAGUAGGGCUAGAUGUCAAUCAGUCACAUGACAAUGAUAUCCCAUUAUUAUUAUUUUGUUUCGACUCAGAGAUUCAACAGAUGGAAAAGGUCAGUUUUCUGAUUUCAAAGGGUGCUAUGAUAAUAAUUUGUCGACCAUAUAAAGAUUUCUUUAUGGAUGAUGGCGACUCUGAUAAAUGUAGUUUUCCUCUACAUCACAGCUGUUACCUGGGUACACUAGACACAGUAAAAGUUUUAGUCAAUGAUGCAGGAUACGAUGUAAAUUAUACUGACGAUGACAAUAUGACAGCUUUACUCUGGUGUUUUAAAACAAAGAUUCAACAACAAGAAAAGAUUAGGUUCCUUAUCUUUAAAGGCGCAAAGAUUACAAUAUGUCAACCUUGAAAAAACUUUUCCUGUAAUAUCCUGUAAGAAAAUAGUCAGAACAAAUAUUUGGACAAGACCUUAACGCAGAAAUUUGAACUAGGUUGUCGACCUUAGGUUGUACAGUUGGGUGUUUGAAAUAACGCGGGUUCCUCUUAAUUCGUAAGUGAACACAGACAUGUCACAUGAACAAUAAAAAGCACCAGAAUGACGUCAGAUUCGAGAUCGUAUUAAAUAUCUUAAUUUUAGAAUAUAUAAAAAUAACCACUACACCAAUAUUAUAGUCGUAUCAGGUGUAGCUAUGGUUUUGACAAUCGUGUACGAGAGAGAGAGAGAGGGGGGAUCUUGUACAAAGUUCCACAAAUGACUAGACAGCUGUCCUUGUCAGGCCCUCCGUCCUGCAUCACUGACAAGGGGAAACCACGCCGGAAAAUCUGGAUGAACUUUCUCGGCCAAUGCAGGGAUCGAACACCCGACCUCCAGGCUAGCGUUACUACAUGUAAGUUCUAUAGAGUUGUAUAGUAUAGUUACUACAUGUAAGUUCUAUAGAGUUGUAUAGUACAGUUACUACAUGUAAGUUCUAUAGUGUUGUAUAAUACAGUUACUACAUGUAAGUUCUAUAGAGUUGUAUAAUACAGUUACUACAUGUAAGUUCUAUAGAGUUGUAUAAUUCACUUACUACAUGUAAGUUCUAUAGAGUUGUAUAGUUACUACAUGUAAGUUCUAUAGAGUUGUAUAGUUCAGUUACUACAUAUAAGUUCUAUAGAGUUGUAUAUUACAGUUACUACAUGUUAAUACAUGUAUAAUACAGUUACUGUUAGUUCUAUAGUGUUGUAUAAUACAUGUAAGUUGUAUAGUUUUGUAUAGUACAUUUACUGUUAGUUCUAGUUGACUUAUCAGGAAGUUCUCACAUGACGGCCGAGUGAUAUGACGAUAUAAUAGUAAGAAAAUAAAAUCCUGUGGCCUGCUUGCAUACUCGAUUUCUAGUGUAUUGGUUGUGAAUAACGUAGAUAACUACCAUCCAGUAUCCGAGCAUCACGAAAACAAUAUAUUUAUCAAUAAAUAUAAUCUCUCAUUCUAUGUCAUAAUCUAAGGUUCUCUGUUACACAAAUAUCUUAAUCUCCAUUUCUGUCACCCUAUCGGUAUUAUUUCAUCUUCUCAUAUUAUUAUGUUUCCAUCAAACAGUCAUUUCUUCCUCUGUUUAUUUCAUCUCUUAAUAGUAUCAUGUAUUUUGUUAAACCAGUCAUUUCAUCUCUUAAUAUAGUAUCAUGUGUUUUGUUUAAACAGUCAUUUUAUCUCUUAAUAUAGAAUCACGUAUUUCUAUAGAUGAGUCAUUCCCUCAUAUGUAUAUUUAUCAUUUAAUAUAGUAUCAUGUAUUUUGUUUAAACAGCCUUUUUAUCUCUUAAUUUAGAAUCAUGUAUUCAUCUGUAAAUUUAUCACUUAAUAUAUAUAGUAUCAUGUAUUUUGUUUAACCGGUCUUAUUAUCUCUUAAUAUAGUAUUGUGUAUUUCUAUCGAUGAGCCAUUCCCUCAUCUGUAUAUUUGUCUCUUAAUAUAAUAUUGUGUAAUGUUUUGUUUAAACAGCCUUUUCAUUUCUUAAUAUAGGACCACGUGUCUUGUUUAACCAGUCAUUUCAUCUCUAAAUAUAGUAUAAUGUACUUUGUUUAACCAGCCAUAUUAUCUCUUAAUACAUGUCUUGUUAUAGUUUUUUUUACAAGGGAUUCAUAUUGCACUUAAAUAAUGCAGUGAGACUUUCGUGUAUUUUAUCAUAUUAUAUCUAUGAAUAGUAACACUACUAAUAUAUCAAUGAAUAGUUACACAAUUAAUAUAUAUCAUAUAUCUAUGAAUAGUAACACUACUAUUAUAUUGUAUCAUAUAUCUGAAGAGAAAGAAAUGGAUUUAACGUCCACUCGACACAGACUAGGUCAUUUCGGGACAAACACAUUGUUCAAUUUCAUUAACAGUGGGGUGAAACCGGAGGACCCGGAGAAAACCCACAUGGUUGGACAGGCGACCCUGCUCCUUGUCACGUACAACCGGGGAAUCGAAACCACGCCAGUUGACUCAAUGACAGAGCUUAUGAUACAGCAUGCACGCGCUAAGCGCUAACCAUUCAGCCAUCCACCCCCACCCACCCUGCCAUAUAUCUAAAGAAUAGCCUCACUGUUAAUAUAUUGUAUCAUAAAUACAAAUUCAAAAAUAGUCAUAAUUAAAUAUGUUGUAUUGUAUAUUCCAAGAACUAUCAUCCAUAAAUUAUACCGUUUUCCACAUCCAUAGAUUGUUUAACAAUAAAAUAUAUUUUUAUUGUAUAUUCCAAGAAUUGUCAUCCAUUAAUUAUACUGUUUUCCACGUCCAUAGAUUGUUUAACAAUAAAAUAUAUUUUAUUAUACCAAAUUCAUAGAUUUUCAAACAAUAAAAUAUAUUUUAUUAUGCCACAUCCAUAGCGUGUUAAUUUUUCUUGGUGUUCUAAAUCAUUCAAAUAUCGACCAUCCGAUGAUCUAGAGGGUUGAUUAUAGGCUUGACAUGUGAAUAAAUAUCUAAAUAAUACUUUAUAUAACAUUUGAGACGAAAAGAAAGCCCUGCAAUAUAGGAACAACGAAUGGAAAAUGAUCUCUGGAUAGAUUAAGGUAAU